AUGAAGAUGAAGUUUUUCAGCAAACUCCGCCAGGGUCUAUUGAAGCUCUUCUCGUCUACAUCGGCGAUACCCUCACACGCGCAGCCCACGGAUGACAACUCCAAUACCAUCCAGAAAGGACAAUUCCUGUUUCCUGCCGAGUGGGACCGUCAUACUGCCACUAUCCUGGGCUUCCCCUCACGCUGUUCCCUGCCUCCAGACCAAUAUGACGCCGUCUGUCGCGAGCUAGCCGGGCUCGCAGCGGCGAUUGCCGAGUUCGAGCCCGUUCGUCUGUACGUCCGGCCCGAGGACAAGAACCUUGCCGAGUCCUUGAUCCAAUCCAGCGUGGACGCGAAGCAUCUCUCCCAAGUCACCCUGAUCCCAUCGCCGGUCAACCACCCCUGGGUCCGCGAUACGGGCCCGGUCUACGUGCGCGAUACCACGGGAGCAUUCCCCAACCGCCGCUUUGCAGUCAACUUCCGCUUCAACGAAUGGGGCGGGAAGAAGCCCGAAGAUGACGGAGUCUGUUGGGGCCAACAGUGGCCCCUGAUGGAUGACAAGACGCUCGAAGAAAACACGGAUUGGGCGCGCUGGGUCAUUGAGAAUGAUCGCCUUCCUUCCCCCGUUACCCGGAUCGACGCCCCAAUCCGCGCCGAGGGUGGGGGGCUCGUGUCAGACGGCGACGGUACGCUGCUGAUUACUGAAAGCAGUAUUGUCUGCGACGUGCGCAACCCGGGCAUGUCGCGCGCGGAUAUCGAGGCAGAGCUGAAGCGGCUCCUCGGGAUCGAGAAAGUGAUCUGGUUCCCCGGCCGUCGCAACGUCGACAUCACCGACGUGCACAUGGAUGCCGAAGCCCGGUUCGUGCGGCCGGGAGUCAUUGUGUACUCGAAGCCCCAUGCCAUGGGGCCGGAGCUGUGGAGGGAACUCUCGGUGGAGAUCCGUGAGAUUCUAGGCCGCGAAACCGAUGCCAAGGGCCGGCCCCUGGAGAUCCAUACCAUUGAGGAACCCGAUCCUCGCGGGUUGGUCAAGUCGGCUGACGAUGAGUUGGCUGCCAGCUAUGUGAAUUUCUAUUUUGUCAACGGCGGCCUUGUUAUCCCCAAAUUCGGGGAUGACGAGAGAGACCAGAACGCCCUGCAGAUCUUGCAGGAUUUGCUUCCGGGGCGGACCAUUCGCCAGGUGUAUACCAAUUCCAUUCCCCUUACCGGUGGGGUGCUGCACUGUGUCACUCAGCAGGUUCCUGCCGUCGAGUGA